CCAAUCAUCAUUCAGCUACUCUCUAUAUAAACCCCCAGCCUCCCGUGAGGAGGCACGCUGAUCUGACUGCUAAGGAUUACUUUUUGUUUUCCUUUUGGAAAAGCGAACUAUGUCGGAGACUGCUCCAGUUGCUCCUGCUGCGCCCGCACCUGCGGAGAAGACUCCUGUUAAGAAGAAGGUUAAGAAAGCAGGCGCAGCUGCGGGGAAGCGCAAGGCGUCUGGGCCCCCAGUGUCAGAGCUCAUCACCAAGGCCGUCGCCGCCUCCAAGGAGCGUAGCGGUGUGUCCCUCGCUGCGCUCAAGAAGGCGCUGGCGGCAGCCGGCUACGAUGUGGAGAAAAACAACAGCCGCAUCAAGCUGGGCCUCAAGAGCCUGGUGAGCAAGGGCACCCUGGUUCAGACCAAGGGCACCGGCGCCUCCGGCUCCUUUAAGCUCAACAAGAAGGCGGUGUCUGGGGAAGCCAAGCCCAAAGCUAAGAAGGCGGGCGCGGCUAAACCCAAGAAGACUUCUGGGGCGACAAAGAAACCCAGGAAGACGACUGGGGCGGCCGCCCAAAAGAAGAGUGCUAAGAAGACCCCGAAGAAGGCUAAAAAGCCGGCAGCUGCUACUGGGGCUAAGAAAGCAAAGAGUCCAAAAAAGGCCAAGACAGCCAAACCGAAGAAAACUACCAAGAGUCCUGCCAAGGCCAAAACCCCUAAACCUAAGGCUGCCAAACCAAAGUCUACUAAGCCAAAGGCUGCGAAGGCAAAGAAGGCUGCGCCUAAGAGGAAGUGAAGUUAUAGCAGGACGUCCUGCUUUAAUCAAAA